AUGAAACAGUCAGAAAGUUCUCUUGAUUGUGACUCGACAUUCCUUUGUCUUUUAUUUAAGCUGGCUGGUCUCACAGCAGCCCAAUUGAAUAAUACCCCGAAAGCUGAGCGGGAUUAUAUACUGUUUAAUCGAAUUGAGAAGGUUGGCAGUCAGUCGAUGACAAAGCUUUUGGGGCAACUGGGUGAUUUGCAUGGAUAUACCACAUAUCGCAAUCAGAUCGUUCCCUUAAAAAACGCAUUAAAGAACUUCGAGGAGGAGGCGAUAUUCGCAGAGGAGCUAAUGGAACUGGAAGAGCCUGGUGCAUAUGUGGAGCACACAAAUUGGAUCAACUUCACAGCACAUGAUUUACCGAAGCCGAUUUACAUAAAUCUCGUACGACAUCCCAUACAGAAGGUGAUGAGUGCGUAUUACUAUCAACGGCAUCCCGUGAUCUAUGGAAAUAGUCUGCUCCGUAAUCCGAAAAAAACGACUCAGGAUAAGCAAUACUUCGAUAGGAGUUUCAAUGACUGCGUUAGACAACGAAUAGCUCCCGAUUGUGUCUUUGAUCCACAUUCUCUGUUCAAUCAGGACUGGAGGCGAUUUGCUUUACGUUUGUGUGGCAAUCAGGAAGUUUGUUUUAAUAUGAAUUCUGAGAUAGCCUCACAGAUUGCCAAAUCGCAUGUUGAAAAGGAAUAUGCCGUUGUCGGCAGCUGGGAGGAUACAAAUAUAACUCUGGCGGUACUAGAAGCAUACAUCCCACUAUUUUUUGCUGAUGCCACAAAAGUGUACUAUUCGAAUCUGGAGAAGUUUACGAUAAAUGCGACGCCGCAUGACAAACACCUGGAUGAGGAUGUGGAAUCGUAUCUGAAGCAACAAUUGGCCUAUGAGAUUGAAUUGUAUAACUUUUGCAAGCAGCGUCUCUAUAAGCAGUAUAUAGCCAUCAAGAAGACUGAAUUAAUGCAAGUGUUUGUAGAUAAUGCUCAAUCCUAAAGCAAAUACAGGGAUCUAUAUUUUAUUCAAAACUA